AUGCCUAUCAACCAACCCUCCAACCAAAUCAAAUUCACCAACGUGUCGGUGGUCCGACUAAAGAAGGGUACGUAUAUCUUCGUCUUGCACAUAUCCUCUGCUGCUAAUAUUGAUAUUUAUUCAGGCAAGAAGCGCUUUGAGCUCGCCUGCUACAAGAACAAACUCCUCGAAUACCGAUCCGGCGCCGAAAAAGAUCUUGACAAUGUCCUCCAAGUCCCAACCGUGUUCCUCUCCGUCUCCAAAGCACAAACUGCCCCAACAGCAGAACUAGCAAAGGCUUUUGGAGCCGGCACACCCCGAGAGGAAGUGCUGCAAGAGAUCCUGCGCAAAGGCGAAGUGCAAGUCGGCGAGCGCGAGCGCAAAGAUAUCCUCGAGCGAGUGGAGAAAGAAGUUCUGGACAUCGUCUCCGGUCGACUAGUGGACCCUUCGACCAAGCGCGUGUACACAACUGGCAUGAUUCACAAGGCGUUAGAUCAACUAAGCUCCGCCAGCGGACAGCAGCAAACAGCAGGCGAUAACGAGGACGACGAGAAGUCCGCGCAACCGAAGAAGCCACUUUGGACGGGUGUGUCGUCGAACCGUUCGGCUAAGAGUCAGGCGUUGGAUGCCAUGAAGGCUCUUAUCGCAUGGCAGCCGAUUCCCGUGAUGCGGGCUCGCAUGCGUCUUCGUGUGACAUGUCCGGUGUCGCUGCUGAAGCAGUCUGUUAAGGCUGCGCCUGGUGCUGCAGCCAACAAGGAGAAAGAGGCUCCCUCUGGCAAGAAUAAUAAGAAGGGGGGUAAGGGCAAGAAGUCGAAGCGUGAUGAUUCGGAUAUCGAGGAUGCUCAGUCCGAUGCAGAGGCAGCGCCGAAGGCUCCAGGGACAGUCAAGGAUAAAAUUUUGUCAUUGUUUGAGUCUGUGGAGUCGCAAGAGGUUGUCGGUGGAGAUGAGUGGGAGAUUGUUGGGUUUGCUGAACCUGGUGCGUUCAAGGGACUCAAUGAUUUCGUGGGUAAUGAGACCCGUGGAAGGGGCCGAGUUGAGGUCUUGGACAUGUCGGUCACACAUGAGGAUUGA